GGUCAAAGGUAAAGGUCGUUAUAAGAUGGGAAACGGUUACUGUGGAUACAAUGUGUCUUUCCAGGAAGUUUUAGAUUACAUAGCGACUAAAGGCACUGUGGAUGAACAUACUUUACCUAUAACAAGCCUGUGUAACCCGUGCACCGUACACUAUGGAAUUCUCUGUAAACAGGAGACGCUCACCGCUGAUAUUGAACACGUGAUGAAUGUCAUCAACAUCACCCAAUCAAAACGACAGGCCAUUAUGAAUAUGAUAAAUGGUAUAAGUUUGAACGAUACUCUCUUUGCCUGGAUUUCCUCGCAUUUGCAAUAUUAUAAUAAUUACAAAAUUGAUUGCUCGGACAAGAUCCUUUUAAUGGAAAAACUAUGGCAAGCUCUACAGUUACAGGGGUACAUCAGCUUGACCUUGUCAUUUCCAACACGUGAAUUCAAGGCACUGACUGAGUUUAAUGCAGAAGGACUGACCGCGCUCUUUAUAAAGCUUAUCAGCUCCUCACCACUUUCAAAAUCGCAAAUGGCGAUGCAGAGGAAGCGUGUGUUAGCGGAAGCCUAUAGUCGGGUUGAUUCAUCUACGAUAACCAGCGUACAAGCUCUAUUCGCUCAGGACUUUCACCUAUUCGGCUAUGAUUCAUCUAUCCCUGUAUAAAAUAGAACAGACGCAUCAGAGAA